UGGAUUUCUGGCUCUCGGGUUUUUCUCCACACCAGCUCAGCCUCAGAGUAAAAACAUUUUUCCUCCACAGGACUAGUAGCCUUGGAGCUGAGACUCGAGGAGGAUCAUAAAUACAGCCCAGACUUUGCUUUCUGUAGUGGGAUAUAAGCGAGGAGUGGAGGAGGCGGUUGUCUUGAAUCCAACUUGAAGCAUUCACAUGCUCCAGCCAUAGAGGGUCUCUUCUGGCUUUGGCCAUGGCUCAGUGUGCAGCUCAUCCCGCCGCCCUCAUCGUGCUGCUGGUGCUCGGCACGGCCGCUGUCCUGCUCCUCACUUUACCAAGCCAAGACAUUCCCAAGGCACCCGGGUUCAUGUAUGGAAUUGUUUUGGAUGCUGGAUCCUCACACACAUCCUUGUAUGUAUACAAGUGGCCUGCAGACAAGCAAAAUGGCACCGGGGUGGUCACCCAGCACAGUGAAUGUCAUGCAAAGGGAGGUGGGAUCUCCAGCUAUGCAGGCCAACAAGGAGCAGUGGGACAGAGCUUGGAGGAAUGUUUGGACCAGGCAGUGCAGGAUGUCCCUGCGCACAGACACAAGGUUACACCUGUGUACCUGGGUGCCACAGCUGGCAUGAGGCUUCUACAUAUCUCCAGUCCACAACAGUCAGCGCAAAUUCUGCUGGAAGUCAGCAAUAAAAUCCAGUCAUACCCGUUCAGCUUCCGGGGGGCCGCCAUUCUGUCCGGGCAAGAGGAAGGCGCAUACGGUUGGGUCACUGUCAACUACCUCUUAGAGAAUUUCAUCAAGUAUGGCUUUGUGGGGCGUUGGCUCAGCUCAGGAAGACCCACAGUGGGGGCCCUGGAUUUCGGCGGGGCAUCCACACAGAUAACAUUUGUGACUAAAGAGAAAGUGGAGGACGAGAAGGACAUGAUGAAACUGCGUCUGUACGGCCAGGAGUACUCUCUGUACACACACAGCUUCCUCUGCUACGGGCAGGAUCAGGUCCUCAAGCGGCUGAUGGCCCACAUUGUCAAGUCUCAAGGUUAUUCAGCAUCCGUUACUCACCCGUGCUAUCCUGCAGACUCCUCUGUAAACAUAAAGCUGGACAGCAUAUUCAACUCUCCAUGCACAGCCAAGUACAAACCAAGCUCCUACAAAGCCCAGGACUCUUUGGUAGUACGUGGCAGUGGACAUUAUGAGCAAUGUUCAGGCAACGUGUCCAAGAUCUUCUCCUUUGGCAGCUGUCCUUUCUCUCAUUGCUCCUUUGACAAAGUCUUCCAGCCCAACGUCACUGGCAGCUUUAUGGCGUUUUCAGCCUUCUUCUACAUUCACUCCUUCCUGCAGCGCAUCACUGGCAUCUCAGUGAGCACUGCUGCCCAGAUGGAGGAGGCAGCUAAAACAGUAUGCAAGAUGAGUUUAGACCAGAUGCUGGUUCUUGCUCCAGAUCAAGCGUCUCGCCUGAGGGACUACUGCGCUUCCUCUGUGUACAUCAAGGUUCUCCUGCUUAGAGGAUACAGCUUUGAUGCAACGUCCUUUUCACGCAUUUCUUUCAAGAAGAAGGCAGGCGACGCCUCUGUUGGAUGGGCUCUGGGGUACAUGUUGACUUUGAGCAAUUUGCUGCCGUCAGAAAAAAUUGCAACGUGGAAGGCAUUGGCGCCAGGAGUAUGGGAAACCCUCAUUGCACUUUGUGUAUUGCUCUUGGUCAUCAUCCUGGCCUUCAUCACACUUGGAGCUUGUGAGUGGAAGAGGAGAGGCCGCAAUGACGGCGCCAUCUAGUCCACCACCAUUGCGCACAAUUACACUGUGAUACAGUUUACUCUGUUUGGUCUCUGAUAUUACCCUGGAUUUAAAUAUGUAUGUGGAGUUUGUUUGCUGUUAAGACUUGUACAGUAUGUUCUUCUGCAUAAUGUAGCUGUUCCAAAUCUGUAUUUGUCCCUGGUGGACUCAAAGUUGAAUGUGUACUGGUUUUCUCCUCAAGUCCAAUUGCUUAAGUACAGAGCAAACACUUUAAAUAAUGUGUUUCAAAAACCUUACAUUAUUCGAUAACAUUACCUUGGGGAAAAAAUGUAUGCUUCUGCAGACAUUUUUUAAUUGUGAAUUACAGCUUGCAGUGAUUCUGUUUUAGUCCAUAUUCUGCUGCAGGAUUUGCCUAUAACCUAAAAUAACCAUGUGUUUACAUCGCCCAUCCUGUGACAAUGAUGCCGUUAAGAAAAACAAUUAACUGACAAAUCCAAGACCCCACUCUUCUAGAAGUUAAGGGGGGCAUUUAAACAUAAGUAAUGGUCUUACUCUCACACUGGGAAGGCAUAAUCCAUCUUGGCAUAAUGCAUUACAUUCCUGGAGAAACUUCAACUUCCCUUGAGUUACCCUUAUCUGUUCCUAAAAGUGAAUACAUUGAUGUGGACAUUUUACUUUAUACCGUAUCCUGUAACUAAGCAGUGUUUUGUACUUGCACUGCAACAGCAUUUGAUGUCAUAAUUUUGUAUAUACAAGAUGGUAAUAUUUAACAUUAUUCUCAUGGUGUA